ACUUAAUGCUGUGCAUGCAGUUAUUACAUACGUGUGCAGUGGAUAAUACUGGUGAAGAGCUAGAUGGAAGAAAUAACUACCCCAUAUAGAAAAGAUGGCAAAAAGCGUGACAUAAAUGGAGUGCAAUUUUUCUGGAAUGAAUAUAUGGACUCAGAAAGGUGUGACAGCACGGAACUUAACACUCUUAUCAGAAGACAGAUUCAGCAAAAUAAGUUCAGUAAAGAAGAGGAAGUUCUUUCUCAACAGCAAACGUUAUACCACAGUUCUUUAUGUUCCCAUAAGUGCUUUACACAAUCAAGAAAGCAGAACGAUAUCUCCAGACAGGAGUUUGAGCAUAGAAUACAAAUUCUAGAAAAACAGAGAGAAGAGUUACUAGAAGUCAACAAACAAUGGGAUCAGCAGUUUAGGCAAAUGAAACAGACUUAUGAAAACCAGGCGCUCCUUAAAGCUACAAGGAAAGAGAAGAUUGAUGUGAUAAACACAAAUUCACCUGGAAAGAACAUGAAUUAUGAAGAUUUGAAAACAGAGGUUGAAGUUCUCAUACAGCAGGUCCAGAUAUAUGAAGAAGACUUUAAACAAGAAAGAGCUGACAGAGAGAGGAUAAACAAAGAAAAAGAGGAACUGCAGCAAAUUAACCAGAGGUUAAGGUACCAGCUGAGAAUAAAUAAGAAGCCAGAUUACCAGCGGUAUUUUCCAGGCCAGCUUCCUCCAGAUGUGAAGCAGAAAGAGACUGGUGCUUCAUUAAAACAGUGGUACAUGCCUAAGUAAUUCAUUCAGCCGUCUCCUGUAGUGCUGUCCUCCCAAGACAGACAGUAUGCAUGGAAAGAACAUUCAAAGUGGUGAAAAGUUUUUGGAAGUCCUCUUUGUGCAACAUUUGUCUUUUAAGUUCCAUCUCAGCACUACACUCAGAAAACAGUCUUGGUAUAUUCAGUAAACCCAAAGUGUAUUUAAGAAUUUAAAAUGGAUAAUGAGUAAUAUAAUAUCUGCUUCCAGAUUGAUGUUAACAA